GCUAUUGAAAACCACUACUACUCUCCUGACUUUAAAGACAUCAAAAACCAAACAACUACCUUAAGUCUUUCAAACGACUAGUCAAGCAACAGCUGACAGUUAUUUAAUAGACUUUUAAAGACAUUUUCAACAUCAUGUCUGAUUUGAAGGAUCUCGAGACCAGCAGGGGUGGUAUUCUGCGAAAGCAGAAUUCUGCCCCUUCAGGUUCUCGGGUAACCUUCGCCCGUCCGCAGGCGGAACCGGAUGUGGAAUUGAGCCAUUCAGUUGGUAGAUGGACUGAGAGCAUGUCUACUAGACCAGCGCAGGGGCCAAAAGGCUGGUAUGUACGAGAUACAUACCGGGAGUUGGCCUACGCUCCACCCUCAUAUUAUCCAAAAAUGUUUAUCCUUCUGGGGAAAGCAGAUGAGGAUGAGGGGGUCCCUGCAGGUGUUAGACAGAAAAAGCUAACAUCAACUGAGAGGCUCAGGAUCUCCAUGACUAAAAUGGAAGCCACACGAAGGGCCCGUUUAUACUCUGGUCUGGAGGCACAGUUGCUCAUUCCACAGAGGUUGAGAGAUAUGCUUGCCUCUAUAGCUGAUGAACGAGAUAAGAUCACGGGUUCAUCAGCUGAAGGGCUCGUAAGUCUCGUUGAAAGCAGUGGGGAGCGAGAUGAUCAACGAAAGUUGUGCGUCUCUGCCCCCGCAGCUUUCGAAAUGUUGGCUGUCCCUCCGGGGAUAGUUAAUGAUGAUGAGUUGGUCCCUGCAGCUGGUAGACAGACUGACAUGUCUACACCAGCUCAGGGGCAAGAAGUAACAAGCUGCGGUGAACGAGAUUCACAACGGAGGUUGUGCGUCUCUGCACCCGCAGUUUGCGAAACAAGGUUUGUCCUUCCCGGGGCAAUUGACGAUGAAGAGUGGGUCCCUGCAGUUGUGUCUACACCUGCAGCGGCUUUAGAUGAGGAGGAGAGAAGCUUACCAGAACCAAAACCAAAAAGCCGGAAGAAAAUCCGUGCUUUCUUGCGCAGAGCAUUGCAGGCUAUCAAAAAAGCUUGCUGUUGCUGUGGAAAUGAGGAUAUAGUGGAGCCAUUUUGAUCCUCAGGUGCCCGUAUAGAUGAAGCUGAUGUGUAGAACGGUUCUGGUCUUAAGCAAACGGGUUUUUAAGAACCACCCUAUUGCCGGUCAGGUUCGUCAUUCCUUGGAUAUAUCAGCUUUCCAAGAAGCAGCUGAUCAUAUGGUCCAUUCGACCAUCGCCCAUGUGCUCCGGCAGAUCAGCUGAUUUUAAGUCGGGUUCUUCUUACCUGCACCGAGCUCGUGAUAAAACACAGGCAGUAUAGUCCCUUCGGACUCGAGCCGGCGAGCUCUUUUCCUUGGAAACAUGCCCGUUCCAAGAAGAGGAUGAUCUUAAAUGUGGUUUGUCUGCCACGGGCGUCAUGCUCAACCGAUCAUGCUUAUUAGUCAGUCAGGUUUGUGUAACCUGCACGAGCUCGUAAGAAACACAGGCAGUAUAGUCCCUUCGGACUCGAGCCGGCGAGCUCUUUUCCUUGGAAACAUGCCCGUUCCAAGAAGAGGAUGAUCUUAAAUGUGGUUUGUCUGCCACGGGCGUCAUGCUCAACCGAUCAUGCUUAUUAGUCAGUCAGGUUUGUGUAACCUGCACGAGCUCGUAAGAAACACAGGCAGUAUAGUCCCUUCGGACUCGAGCCGGCGAGCUCUUUUCCUUGGAAACAUGCCUUUCCAAGAAGAGGAUGAUCUUAAAUGUGGUCUACGGACCACGGGCGUCAUGCUCAACCGAUCAUGCUGAUUAGUCAGUCAGGUUUGUGUAACCUGCACCCAUCUCGUGAGAAACACAGGCAGUAUAGUCCCUUCGGACUCGAGCCGGCGAGCUCUUUUCCUUGGAAACAUGCCUUUCCAAGAAGAGGAUGAUCUUAAAUGUGGUCUACGGACCACGGGCGUCAUGCUCAACCGAUCAUGCUGAUUAGUCAGUCAGGUUUGUGUAACCUGCACCCAUCUCGUGAGAAACACAGGCAGUAUAGUCCAUCCGGACUCGAGCCGGCGAGAUUGUGGAACCAGACUAUUGCCAGUCUGGUUCAUCAUCUUUGGACAUAACAGCUUUCCAAGAAGCAGCUGAAUGGUCAGGUUCAUCUAGCCUGCGGUCAAGCGAUGGUGAUCUGGGAAGACAGAUUGGAAGAGGUGCCUUUAGUAAAGUGGAUGAGGGGACGCGCAAAUCUGAUGGCAUGAAGAAGUCUGGCAAGGAAAUCUACACUAAAAUACCCUCGAACCCAAGGACAUUG